AUGGUCUAUGAUUCAUUCCGCACUCCAUUGUUGCUGAGUCCGGACUGCGUGACUGUAGAGUUUGGUGGAGGUUUGGAGAUCCGGCUGAAGCUGGCCCUGUAUACCACUACUACCACCACUACCACCACUACCACUGAUACUACUACCACCACUACCACCACCGACCUCCAACUCCAAAAAACUACAAGAGCCUUCAACUCCAAUAAGACCCUCCACCUCCAAGACCUCCAACAAGAACCUCCACCUCCAAGACCUCCAAUAAGAACCUCCACCUCCAAGACCUCCAAUAAGAACCUCCACCUCCAAGACCUCCAACAAGAACCUCCACCUCCAAGACCUCCAAUAAGAACCUCCACCUCCAAGACCUCCAACAAGAACCUCCACCUCCAAGACCUCCAACAAGAACCUCCACCUCCAAGACCUCCAACAAGAACCUCCACCUCCAAAACCUCCAACAAGAACCUCCACCUCCAAGACCUCCAACAAGAACCUCCACCUCCAAGACCUCCAAUAAGAGCACAUGAUGGGGUGCUGGGAGGUCGACCACAAGCUGAGAGAUGGGAGGUCAAUCAGGAGCUGAGAGUUCAAAGAAUUACGCUGGGAGGUCAAUCAGGAAAUGAGUUCAAAGAAUUACGCUGGGAGGUCAAUCAGGAAAUGAGAGUUCCCAGAGUUACGCUGGAGUUGAACUCCCAGGACCCCUCAGAACUCCCCCAGGAUCCUCAGAACUCCCCCAGGACCCCUCAGGAACUCUCCCAGGACCCCUCAGAACUCUCCCAGGACCCCUUAGAACUCUCCUGGGACCCCUUGGGAGCUCUCCCAGGACCCCUCAGAACUCCCCAGGACCCUUGGAACUCUCCGGACCCCUUAGAACUCUCCAGGACCCCUCAGAACUCCCCCAGGACCCUCAGAACUCCCCCAGGACCCCUCAGAACUCUCCCAGGACCCCUUGAAACUCUCCCAGGGAUCCUUGAGAACUCUCCCAGGACCCUCAGAACUCCCCAGGACCCCUUAGAACUCUCCCAGGACCCCUUAGAACUCUCCCUGACCCUCAGAACUCCCCAGGACCCUCAGAACUCCCCCAGGACCCUCAGAACUCUCCCAGGGACCCCAGAACUCUCCCAGGACCCUGGGGAAUCUCCCCAGGACCCUCAGAACUCUCCCAGGGACCCCAGAACUCCCCCAGGACCCUCAGAGACUCUCCAGGACCCCUCAGGAACUCCCCCAGGACCCUCAGAACUCCCCAAGGACCCCCCAGACUCCCCAGACCCCCAGAACUCCCCCAGGACCCCCAAACUCUCCCAGGAACCCCAGAACUCCCCAAGACCCCCAGACUCCCCCAAGACCCUCAGAACUCUGACUCCAGAACUCCCCAAGACUCUGAACUCCCCCAGGAUCCCAGAACUCCCCAAGACCCCCAGAACUCCUCAGGACCCCCAAGAACUCCCCCAGGACCCCCCAGGAACUCCACCAAGACCCCCAGAGGUCCCUACCUCCCCUCCCCUACCUUCCUCUCCCCCCACC